UACUCCAAUUACGUCAAAGACGUACCUCCUCAUAAGGGAGCAGUUCCAGAAUAUCCAGCGUGGUUCGAACCCUUCGUAAUGCAAUGGUUGAACGAAAACGAUGACGUCUCCUUAGAGUAUUUACAUGGUGCCUUCAAUAGAGAUAAAAAGGAUGGUUUUCAGAAGAGCAGCGAACACGCUCUGUUCUCGAAUUCUGUCGUUGACGUUUUCACGCAGCUGACGCAAUGUUUCGAUGUAGUUUCUAAACUAGAAUGCCCUGAUCCUGAAAUAUGGAAACGUUACAUGAAAAGGUUCGCAAAAACCAUCGUCAAAGUCCUCAUAGCUUAUGCAGACAUAGUCAAAAAAGAAUUCCCCGAACAUCUCAAGGAAGAAAGGAUAGCAUGUAUUUUGAUGAAUAACAUUCAGCAACUGAGGGUUCAGCUAGAGAAAAUGUUCGAGUCUAUGGGAGGCGAUAAGCUGGAAGAAGAUGCUGCGAAUAUUCUAAAAGAACUUCAACAGACACUGAAUGGAAGCCUUGACGAACUGGCCCAACAUUUCGCCUGCAGUUUAGAAAAUCGGAUAACAGUCAGCGUGAAAGAACUCGCGGAUCUUCUGGUAGCAAUCAAGGGAGGUGGCCAGCCUGGUCAACUCAAUCAACCUGCUCAGAGGAAUGCCGUAGCAGUAGAAGCGGAUGAAGUUCUCAGGCCGUUAAUGGAUUUAUUGGAUGGUUCUUUAUCAUUAUACGCGCAAUCCUGCGAGAAAACUGUAUUGAAGAGACUGCUGAAGGAACUGUGGAAGAUAGUGAUGAGGAUACUCGAAAAAACCGUUGUUCUUCCUCCUAUGACUGAUAAGACGAUGAUGUUCAAAAGUUUAACGGACAACGCCAAGAACCUGGCAGCGAAUACUAAAAUAGAAGAUAUGUCCAAACUAUUCAAGAACCACAUGACCGGCAAACAGGACGUGAAAAACGCUUUGAGCGGGGUCAUGGAUAUUUCCAAGGAGGUGGAAAAGAACCUUUCUCCUAAGCAGUGCGCCGUACUGGACGUAGCAUUGGACACCAUCAAGCAGUAUUUCCAUGCCGGAGGAAAUGGACUGAAGAAAGCCUUCCUUGACAAGAGUCCCGAGCUCCAGAGUUUGCGUUACGCCUUAUCACUCUACACACAAACUACGGACACGCUCAUCAAAACUUUUGUCACUACGCAAAUAAAUGAAGUGCCGCUAAAUAAUAAGCAAACGAUGCUGCAAAGACAAAUAUCGAUAAGAGACGAAACAGACACAGAAACAGGACUAGAAGCGCUAGAGGAGCCUUUGAAGGCAAAAAAGAGAAGGGAAAGUGAUAUCCAACAAGAUAACGUGGAUGGACCAGAAGGAAGCGUGGGAGAAGUUUCGAUCCAAGUAGACCUCUUCACACAUCCAGGAACAGGCGAGCACAAGGUUACUGUAAAAGUGGUAGCAGCAAAUGACUUGAAAUGGAACGUUGUUACGGGCAUGUUCAGGCCAUUUGUUGAAAUAAAUCUCAUAGGACCACAUUUAGCGGAUAAGAAAAGGAAACACACUACGAAAUCGAAAGCGAACAACUGGUCUCCGAAGUAUAAUGAAACGGGUCUUGUGCAUGUUGGUUAUCCCUAGGCAAAAGAAUUCAAAUGGACGAAACAGGGUGGACGAUCCUAAGGAUUUUGUCGCAACGCACAAACGACGAGGUGGCGAAGGAAUUCGUCAAACUAAAAUCUGAUAUCAGACAAGAAAAUCCGCUUCCAAAUCAAUAAGGCAUCUCCUCCAGGUUCAGCCGCCGUGUGACUUUAUAUACAGACAGCUGUGUAUAGGCUUCUACGUGUAAAAUAUUAAUUGUUUUAUGGACCGUCCCAACAGACUGAUGACAAAAAAUCCACGCAUCAUCACAUUCUAAUAAUAAUAUUUAAUGUGCCUCCCAACUUGUACAUUCAAACAAUAAGUAAAUAACCACUUUAUGACGUGUAUCAUCCUUCACCCAUGAUCAUCAUUCAACAUUGAACUGUAAAAAUCGCAAUAAAGGGCAAAUUUUUACAUUCCUCUCAUAUAUAUAACUUAAAAUGUGAUUCAGAUAGUUUAAGAUAUUGGAUAGGUGAAAUUAUAUCAGAUAUUUUUAUGCAUGUAGGAAAUUUUCAGUUUGCGGACUCAUGCAUGGACCGUAUAUUUCGUCAUAAUUUUCUAUAUCUUCCACUCUAUGCACAAUAAUAGCUAUAACCGAUUCCAAUUAUUUUUGUUUAUUCUUAUAAGAAAUGACCUACAACACAAUGCUAGUCUGAAGAAUAUCUAAAAUUGAGCCUUAUAUACUUAUUCAUUCGUAAAACUAAACUCUCGCUUUACUUAAAUAAUUAUAACUAUAAUAUCCGUAUCGCAUUUUUCGCUGUGAUAAUAGUACAGUGUGUAUCGUGUCGUCUGUGUUGUACUUUUACUCAUAUGCUGAAAAG